AUGACCAGACACCUUCACUUAUUUCUUUUCUCCUCCUACCCACCAUUUUUAAGACUUAUUUCUUUUCUCCUCCACCCCACCAUUUUUAAGACUUCCUUUCUUUUCUCCUACUCUCUACGUUUUGAAAAAUCUCCUUCUUUACUCCUCCUCCCCAAUCUUUUAAACUCCCUUUCUAUUCUCCUCCUCCCCACGAUUUUUAAGAAUUUUUCACCUUUCUCCUCCUCCCCACCAUCUUUAGGAUUUCUUCUCUUCUUCUUCACCCUUUUUAAGACUACUUUUCUUUUCUCCUCCUCCCCACCUUUUUUAGGAUUUCCUUUCUUUAAUCCUCCUACCCACCAUAUUUUAGACUCCCUUUCUUUUCUCCGCCUCCGCACCCUUUUUAAGACUUUCUUUUUCUUUCUCCUCCUCCCCAACCUUUUUAAGACUCCCUUUCUUUUCUCCUCCUCCCCACCCUUUUUAAGACUUAUUUUCCUUUUUCACUCCCUUUCUUUUCUCCUCCUCCGCACCGUUUUAAGACUACUUUUCCUUUUUCCACCUCCCCAUCCUUUUUUAAACUCCCUUUCUUUUCUCCUCUUCCGCACCUUUUUAAGACUCCCUUUCUUUUCUCCACCUCCCCACCCUUUUUUAAACUUCUUUUCCUUUUUCCUCCUCCCCUUCUUUUUUAAAACUUCUUUUCCUUUCUCCUCCUCCCCAUCCUUUUUAAGACUCCCUUUCUUUUCUCCACCUCCCCACCCUUUUUUAAACUUCUUUUCCUUUUUCCUCCUCCCCUUCCUUUUUAAAACUUCUUUUCCUUUCUCCUCCUCCCCAUCCUUUUUAAGACUCCCUUUCUUUUCUCCUCUUCCCCACCCUUUUUAA